UCCGGCACUGGCAGGUGGCAAUUGAGUUUCCACCGGGAUGAUUCGCCGCUGCGGGUCCUUACACUACUUCUCAUGUCACUCUUCUCCAAUACAACGAUCUUCCGGCGACUCCAUCCUCACUUUUUCCGCUCAUUCCCUCGCUCGAUUCCUCCGUCACCCUCUGCCCCCUCUCCACCUUCAUUCACGUCGAUUGCCAUCAUUCCGUUCUGUCGGGCAUUUCGUCGAACGCCUUGUGUGCGGUUCCAACUUUCUCGCCGUUUCACGUCUCACCUACACGUCUCCGCGGAAAAUCUUGGAACCGCUCUUGAGCUGAUUCAGGAAAGAAUUGAUUGCCAUGAUCCUUCGAAGCACACUCUCGUCGAAUCUCUCACGGUCGCUUCCCAGUUCUCCACUGAAGCAGAGGCUACGACAUAUUUGGAUGACAGCGGCAUCAAGCCCAGUUUGGAACUAGUGUACUCGGUCAUCUGGGAGUUGAGGGAGAACUGGAAAGUCGCGUUCUUGGCCUUCAAAUGGGGAGAAAAACGGAAGUGUGCUGAUGAGAAAGCUUGCGAGUUGUUGGUAUGGGUUCUGGGAAAUCAUCACAAGUUCGGCAUUGCUUGGACUUUAAUUCGAGAUUUGCAUCGUGCCUCGUUGAGUAUCCGCAGCGUGUUGCUUGUUAUGAUUGAUAGAUAUGCUGCUGCAAAUAAUCCAGAGAAAGCUAUAUGGACAUUCCGUGUUAUGGAGAAGUUCAGGAUGUCCCCAGACCAAGAUGCAUUCUACUCUUUGCUAAAAGCCCUCUGCAACCAUGGAAACAUUGAAGAAGCUGAAGAAUUUAUGUUUCUCAGUAAGAAGCUAUUCCCAUUGCAAACUGAUGGUUUUAACAUCAUCCUCAGUGGGUGGUGCAAUAUUUUUGUUGAUAUACUUGAAGCAAAGAGGAUUUGGAGGGAAAUGUCGAAAUGUUGCAUCGUGCCUAAUGCAACUUCUUAUACGCUUAUGAUUUCCAGCUUCUCAAAGAUUGGGAAUCUUUUCGAUUCAAUGCGGCUAUAUGAAGAAAUGAAGAAAAGGGGUUGGUCACCAGGUCUCGAGGUAUACAAUUCCCUAAUUUUUGUUCUAACUCGUGAGAAUUUAUGCAAGGAAGCUUUGAAAAUUCUGGACAAAAUGAAACAUCUGGGAAUUCAGCCUGAUUCUGCAACUUAUAAUUCUAUGAUACGUCCAUUAUGUGAGGCAAAAAAGCUAGUUGAGGCAAAAGAUGUAUUGGCGAACAUGAUUGAGGAUAAUGUAAAACCAACUACUGAUACUUACCAUGCGUUUAUAGAAGGUUCUGAUUUGAACAUCGGCUGGGAAUUGCUUGGCCAAAUGAGAAAGGAAGGUUUAAGUCCGACUGGAGGAACCUUUUUAUUGAUGCUUUCCAAGUGCUUCAAGCUAGGGCAAGCUGAGAGUGCAUUGAAUAUUUGGGCAGAAAUGAAACAACUGUAUGAAGUGAUGCCUGACAAAGCACAUUAUGAGAUGUUGGUGGAAGGCCUGAGUAGGUGUGGAAUGUUAAACAAGGCAAGAGAUUAUUAUGCUGAGAUGAGGUCAAGAGGGUUCACUGAUGAUCCGAAAUUGCAGAAGAUGCUGAAAGAACCAGUGCCUGGAAAUAUCGAAACAGUGGAACGUUUGUCUAGAAAAGUUCAUAAAGUUCGAAGAGGGGCAGUCCAUUGAGAAAGUAGCUUUGGCUUGAAUGGCCCUGACUAGGAGAAGUUCAUGUGAAGGAUCUAUUCACCAUGAAGCUCAUCAAGCUAAUGCAUGAAGCCAUGUUGGAGGCUGUACACAAGUUUUUCCACAACAUUAACCAGCUUAAUCUGGACUAGCUUGGUGGCGAUUCUAUCAGGAUACUGUUAAACCUGAGGUACUCCCAUGGACUCCUUACUCUCAGUGUGAUUUUACGAGGACCAGAAUCCCUGAUGUAAACUCCGUCAUGUUUAAUUUUAAUGGUUUGACAUGGCAUUUAUUAAUCCGGAAUUCACAUUUCUUUAAGCAUUGAAGCAUAAUUGAUAUCGAU